UAUAGAUUUUUAAUUUGUGGGUGUUUUUCAUGUGAUCUCAAUAGAGAAGAAGCAAGAAACAGAAAGAGAGAAUUGGGUUUUCUUCUUCUGGUGUUUUGUGAAGAGAAGUUGUUUAAUUUUAAAAUAGAAGAGCUGGCAAACCCGUGGUGGAGCGGGAAUGUGGCGAUGGGAGGAGUCGAUCUCUCGGUUCCGUCCCUUCGCAUACGGGACCCUGACGACGAUCAUUUGGGAGGGUUGGGUCGCUUCGGAUCGAGAAGGGAGCAAGAGCUGAUGGAAAGCAAGAACACCAUUGCUAACAGCAGCAGCAGCAACAACAACAACAACGGUUCGAAUGCUGGGAACCAAAUCCAGGAAGACGAGGACAGCCGCGGCGAUGCUGAGGCGGAGGACCAGACAGCAGGUCAGGAGACGGUGGAGGGAAGCAGCGGCGGGAGCGGUGGCCGCCGGCCCCGUGGCCGCCCGCCCGGGUCGAAGAACAAGCCCAAGCCGCCGAUCAUCAUCACCCGAGAAAGCCCCAAUGCCCUCCGCAGCCAUGUGCUGGAAAUCAGCAGUGGAAGUGACAUAGCUGACAGUGUCGCUGCCUUCUCCCGUCGCCGUCAGCGUGGGGUCUGUGUUCUCAGUGGUAGCGGCAUCGUCACCAACGUCACGCUCCGCCAGCCUGCUGGGCCCGGCGCCGUCCUCACCCUCCAUGGCCGGUUUGAGAUAUUAUCUCUAUCUGGUGCAUUCCUUCCCACACCUUCGCCACCCGGUGCGACUGGGCUGACUGUCUAUUUAGCUGGUGGGCAGGGGCAAGUGGUGGGUGGGAGUGUGGUGGGCCCGCUUAUCGCGUCUGGCCCCGUGAUGGUGAUCGCUGCGACAUUCACUAAUGCAACCUACGAGCGGCUGCCGAUCGAUGAGGAGGAGGAGGAGGCUGCAGCUGCGGCUGCGGCCGCAGCGCCGGAGGGAAUGCAAUUACAGCAAUCUCCAGGGGUAAAUUCGGGAUCUAGUAACCUAUCUGGAUCACAGUCUCAUGGUUUGCCUGAUCCAUCAUCACUGCCCAUAUACAAUCUACCACCCAAUCUGCUACCAAACGGGCAGCUGCACCAUGAUGUGUAUGGGUGGGGUCCACCAACUAGGCCACCGCCAUCUUACUAAGAUGAAUAAGAAAAUCACAUGCAUUUCUUCC